GCUAUAUAUUUCAAAUUAAAUUAAUCAGAAAUUAUUUACAUAUAUUUUUAUCUUUCAAUCAUAUUUAUUUUGUUUUCAAAAUGGAAUGUCGAGUUACUAUCAUAAGCGCAAUUUUAAUUACUACCUUCGUAUAUACCUUACUGCAUACGCAUUUUUCUUCUAUUACCAGAAUAACAAGACUUCAAGAAGAGGUAGAGGAAAUAACGAAAGUUAUUUUAGGUCGUAAUCCCGACGAAACACUUUUACCACAAAUUGAUAAUUUUGUUAAGAAACGCACCCAAGGGCUAUGGGAUGAAUUAACUUCUGUUAAGAAAAAGCUUGAUCUUAUUGAAGGAAACUCAGGUGGAAGUUGUGGUUUUUGUAAGAAAACAACAUCAUUGCCCACAGAUUUGCAAGUUGUUAGUGAAGAAGAACCAAAUUAUGCACUGAAAUCAAUUGGUGCGGCAAUUGUUCAUACUGAAGAUGAUCCUUUGAAUUCAAUUGGUUUUUGGGACAGAAUUUUGGGUAUAAGAUAUAAAUCUAACGAUCCAGAUAAACUCUUGAAUCCAUCUAUGCAACUUGGAAGUUGUUAUGCUUUUAAAGGCGAUAAAUCUUCUUUUACAAUUAAGCUUUCACACAAAAUAUUUAUUCGGGCUAUUACUGUGGAGCACAUACAUGAAUCAGUGUCUUUAACAGGUGACAUUUCAAAUGCUCCAAAGGAUUUUAUUGUUUAUGUAUGGGAAAGCUUAAAGGGAGUUGACGACUUGGAUAAAGGAUGGGAAACGAUGUUGGGCUCGUUUCAAUAUAAUAUUACCAAAACAAAACGAGUGCAAACAUUUUAUUUGAACAACGGUCAAAGUUUUCAUUAUUGUAAAAUUAAAGUUGUAUCAAAUCAUGGCAAUCCAGAUUAUACCUGCAUCUAUAGACUUGCUGUCCAUGGAAAAUUGUAGUGAUUAGAAUUUUUAAGAUUUAUUAGUUUUUAUUUUUAUAUUUAUUUAAUUUAAUAUUGUAUUAUAUUUUAUUAACUGUAUUAUGUUGUCCAUUUAGAAGAUCAUAUUUAAAAAAGAA